AAACGCCGGUACGGUAGUGGGCGCUAUGUAGUUGUAAAGGACUUUCUCCAGCUUGUCUUUGGCGCUAGCUCCAAAUGUUGCAGUCUUAUUGCUCUUUUUGGUGCAAGCCAACAAUCAGCAGAAGUACAUUUGCACCAUGGAUUUGUCCAGCAGACUCCGGGUGUGGAUGGAGCUGGCUGAGAGCUGUGGAGUCAGUACACUCCAGCAGGGCAUUCAGCAGGUCUGGAUGCUGCUGCUCAUUUGUCUUAUCAGCAGGCUGCUCUUCAGAUUGGGAGGCGUGUCGUCUGUGAAUCACAUUGUGUCAAUGUUCGGCGGAAUGUACAGCCUCUUCCUCUUCUUUGACCUGCAUAUGCUGUGGGUGCUGCUACUCAGUCUCCUCUGUUACCUCAUUCUUCUACUUGGCCGACACUCCAGCAGCAAAGGCCUCUUCCUGUCCACUGCCGUUCUCAUUUACCUUCUCAUUGGAGAAUUACAUUUAAUUGACACCGUGACCUGGCAUAAGAUAAGAGGCAGUCAGAUGGUGGUGGCGAUGAAAGCCAUUUCUCUGGCCUUUGACCUGGACAGAGGAGCAGUCACCGCUUUGCCCACACCAACUGAGUUCCUGGGCUACGUUCUCUUUGUGGGAAACGUAGUCUUCGGCCCCUGGAUCAGCUUUUCAACAUACAAGGCUGCUGUUGUGGGCAGGAGACUGAGCUGGUUAUGGCUGUGGCGCUCCUCUCUCAGCCUGCUCAAGAGUCAGAUUUGCCUGUUGGUGUCCUCGUGCAUCGCUCCUUACCUGUUUGUUUUCUUCAUCCCCAUCCAUGGAAAUGCCUUCACACACAAGUGGCUUCGUGCCUAUGAGAAUGCAUUGUCUUUCCACUUCAGUAACUACUUUGUGGGCCACCUGAGUGAAAGCAGUAGCAUGUUGGCUGGAGCCAGCCACACUGAGGAAAAAGACAACAUCCGGUGGGAAAUGGAAGUGGUCAAACCUCUGAAUGUGGAAAUGCCUCGCUCCAUGGUAGAAGUUGUGAUUUCCUGGAACAUUCCCAUGUCACGGUGGCUUAAAACCUAUGUCUUCAAAAAUGCCAUGAAGCUGGGGACUUUCCCCGCAGUCCUUGUCACAUACACAGCCAGUGCUUUACUGCAUGGUUUGAGUUUCCACCUCGGAGCUGUGCUGCUGUCUUUAGGCUUCAUCACAUAUGUUGAACAUGUUCUGCGAAAGCGACUUGCUGCUAUCUUCAGUGCUUGUGUCCUGUCCAGACCUUGCCCCUCUGAGUGCGGCCACCAACAUAAGAAGGAGUAUUGGGUGAUGCUCCUGAACCUGUGUUUCAGUUUCUUGGCUAUCUUCCACCUCACCUACUUGGGCUCCAUGUUUGAUCCUGGUGUUGAAGAGGAAGUAGAAGAGGGUUAUGCUGCCAUCCACACUGUUCAGCGGUGGUCUGAUCUUAACUGGGCCAGCCACUGGGUUGUUUUUGCCUCCUGGGUCUUCUAUCGUUUAAUCCUGUGAUGUCUUCAAAGCAGAACACAAUUUCGGGCAGACAAUUCAUACUUUCUGCCUCGGGGCUCCACAGAGAUCAUUGAGUCGAAAUGGAGGUUGAAACAAGCACCAAUAUAUGCACAAAUGUUUCCCAAAAUGUUUGUGAAUUUGUCAUCAGCCACAAUGUGCUAUUAUAAACAGUUUAUUUUGUGCCCUUUCAAAAUACAUUGAAAAUAAGUGCAUAUUUUGUAAAUACCUCAUCAAGUAAUGGAUGGAUAUCUACCUAAUGUAUUUACACGUUUGACAUGCUGGACUGAUGUAUUUGUGUUGGUCUCAAGUCCAUGUUAGAGGUACACUUUGAUUUUAUACGCAUAUGAAAAGGUUUUGCUUCUUCACUUUAUUUUUUAUACAAAUGUCUUUUUGUAUUUCUUCUAUUAAAACAUAUUUUACUGCAUAACUAUAUUUGUAAUGGACUGCCAACUGAUCAUAGAGCAGCCACUGUAAUGUAAUGAGAUGUCAACCUCUAAGCGCACAUCUGCUUGUUAUAUGUUGUGAUUUAUGAACAUGUGUUAGUGUCUGUGGUUUUAUUCUAUCGUGACUUUAUUCGUUUAAUAUAUCAUUUGGCUUUCAGCUCGGCACAACAGGGUGGGAGUUAGCAGUAAUCUAACUUUCCGCCAUUCCCUUUCAUAAACACGCUGUCCCUCUGUUGUGGCGCUACCUCAGAAGCUAGGAAAUUGCCGGGUUUCCUUCAUCUGCGCUGUUCACAUAAUUUUGUAAAAAGGCUUUAAAAAAGUUACAUAUAUAUGUAUAUGUAUAUAUAUAUGUAUAUAUGUUUAUUUUUUCCUGUACCACAGCCCAAUAAAAAAACGAAGUGCCAGCCACACUUUGCAUACCCCUGCCAUGUAGUUUAAGAGGGGUCAUUAUCGUUGCCACCACCUUUAACCUCUUUACCACAUUUUGGCUUGGUAAUGGGUAUUUGUAGGUAUAUAAAUG